UUUUCUACUUCACAGUGAAAGAAAACAAUUCCAUGGGUUAUCAGUUACCGUACAGAACAUUAGAUAUGGAUAUAAGGGAUAUCAGGAUUUACGCUCUGAUUUGUGUUUAUCAAAUAACAUACAUAGCUAGUAUUCUGUUCGGUUAUGUAGGAUUCGACUGUAUGUUCGUCAACUUGUCCAUUCAAGUAAUAGCACAGUUCGCCAUAUUGUCCUAUAAGGUUAAGACAGAAUUAAAUUAUUCUAAAAAUUAUCAUGAGGGUAUGAAGAAGCUUGUACUACGACAUUAUCGAUUGAUAAGAUUGACGGAAGAAUUGGAAGAUAACUUUAAUAUCCCCAUUAUGCAACAACUUUUGGGUACCACUCUUCAUAUCUGUAUUUGUGGCUACUAUGUACUUAUGGAAUUAGGAAUUGCCAACGUCCGGAGGUCAUUCAACUGGAGCUCAAGGCUUCUAAAAUGCGUGGGAAUUUGGCCAUUGAAGAAUUAUGAUCCGAUAUUUUUCUUCUUCUUCACAUACCUUUUCCUUCAUUGUUCUCUAGCAUAUGCACAAAUGUUUCUCUCUCCAAAAACUAUGGACGACGUCUUAUCGUACGUAGCAGAAAAUAUUCCUCUAACGAUGACACUUAUGAAAAUAAUAAUCAUUAGAGUGAACAGAGAAGCAUUGAGUAAAUUAUUCACGGAAAUCAAAGAAUAUUCAUUGACUGAGAAAUAUGAAACCAAAGAGGAGAAAAUGACGUUCCUAAACUAUACUAAGUUACCUCCACGAUUUAUUGUAGUAACAGUCUGUUCAAUGACGCUGUCUGAUAUAUUGUAUUACACGAAUGGACUAUCCUUUGGAAUCCAAAUUGCGAAAGAAAACAAUUCUAUGGGUUAUCAGUUCCCGUACAGAACAUUAGAUGUGGAUAUAAAGGAUGUCAGGAUUUACGCUCUGAUCUGUACUUGUCAAAUAAUGUACAUACCAAGUAUUUUAUUUGGUUAUGUAGGAUUCGAUUGCAUGUUCGUCAACUUGUCAAUUCAAGUAAUAGCACAGUUCGCCAUAUUGUCCUGUAAGGUUAAGACAGAAUUAAAUUAUUCUAAAAAUUAUCAUGAGGGUAUGAAGAAACUUGUACUACGACAUUAUCGAUUGAUAAGAUUAACGGAAGAAUUGGAAAAUAAUUUUAAUUUCCCGAUUAUGCAACAACUGAUGGGUUCUACCAUGCAUAUCUGUUUUUCCGGUUACUACGUACUAAUGGGUCAAGAAAUGGAGGAUAGCUUAACAACGAUAAUGUUCAUUUUGUACAUCUUUGGUGUGAUAAACACACUUUUUAUUUAUUGUUUUAUCGGCGAAUGUUUUAUUCAAGAAAGUACCAAUUUUGGCAAUGCCAUUUAUAAUUACGAAUGGUAUAACUUAUCGGCAAUGGAUUCAAAAUUUUUUCUUAUGUGUAUCAUGCGAACGAAAAAGCCACAAUGUCUAACGUCCGGUAAAUUUUCCGUUCUGUCUUUGACCCUCUUCUCAGGCAUUGUUAAAACUUCGAUGGGAUAUUUGUCGGUACUUCGUACAUUUUUAUGA